UUUCAUUCAAUUGAUUCCCAUAUUAAAUUAGAUAUUCUCCCAUCUCCGGCGAAGGAAAGAUCGUCGGUUCAACCCCAAUUGGCUCUUUUUUUCCCGGCCAAUGUCUAUGAAGGCCGCUCCGCCACCUUCACAAUAUGUAUCUCCGCCGUCUGUCACUCUCCUCCUAAUAGCUUUCCUCCUUGUCUUCUUUUUCUUGGGUAUUUUCUUUGUGAUCUUUUGCAAGUAUUGCAUCCAGAGCUUGUGGCACAACCGGGUCCAGGCCGGAUCUCCGGUUGGUCCAGAAGGUCACGGGGACAUGCCCGGGAUCGACCCGAAGAUCGUCGAGUCCUUCCCGACGUUCAGCUACUCGAGCGUGAAGGAUUACCGGAAGGAGAAGUACGGGUUGGAAUGCGCGAUUUGUCUGGUCGAGUUUGAGGACGAGAGCGUUUUGCGUCUCCUCACCUCGUGCAACCAUGUAUUCCACCAAGAGUGCAUUGAUCUGUGGAUGGAAUCCCACAAGACUUGCCCCGUCUGUCGGCAAGCCCUCGACUCUCCCGUAAAGUUCACCACAUACUCAUCGCCAGCGCUGUCUCUUGGGAAUGCUCCAGAUGAGAAUUUCCAAGAAGACGAGCGCAUGGCGUGUGACAUGCAUAGCAUUAUCGAUAUAAAUGAUCGCGAAGGGGAGGGCGUAGGAAAUAAUGAAGGAGCGGAAGCAGAAGAAGAAGAAGACGAGGCUAAAAGAGUCGGUGUGGAGAAUAGAAGUGAUCAACGUGAAAAUAUUUCACUAACGAAACACGUUGUAACGUUAAAUCAUGAAAAUGCGGAGAAUAAUGAUGAUGAUGGUGAGGAUGAAAAGAGUGGGGAAGAGAAGUACCCAAGGUCACAUUCAACAGGGCAUUCAAUAGUUAAGAUUAGGGAAGAUGAGGAUAGGUUUACAUUAAGAUUGCCUCUACACGUGAGGGCUAAAAUUAUAAGGGGCCAUAAUGCCACCAAGAGUUGCACCACGUUUGGAGAACACAAAAAGAGAAAACCCACAGAAGAAAACAUUAGUGGUUUUAGUCAGGUUUAAUUUGGUCAGAUGAGUAUCGACAACAGUAGUAAUAAACAACUAGAAAAUAU